GAGUGAGUGAACAAAUUGAGUGGUUAGUGGUUGAGCAAAUAAUCAGAGAUUCAGAGAUGGCGAAAUUUCCAUUAACCUUAACCUUCUUCAUCGUGGUCAUUUCAGCUCUGCUUUUGCUCACUCAAUCAGGUGAAACAUUUGCUAAGAAGACAAAUGUAGAGGAUGAACUAGGGAGUGGAAGCUUAUUAAUGCAAAAAUUGAUAGAGGCAGAAACAAAAACAUUAGUAUUGGUCAAAGAAAUAGAAGAAGAUGCAAGUUUAGAAGAUCAGUUGAAGUGUAUACCUUGUGGUGCAGCCUGUGUUUCAUCGAGAAACUGCUGUAGGAACUGUUAUUGCCUUAUCAAAUGGGAGAUUGUUAUACCUCGAUGCGUUCGGAAAAUACCAUCUCAUCAACUUAAUUAGAGUUUAGUACUUAAACUACCAUGAUUUCAUGUAAUAAUGCGGCGAGUCUAAGUAGGUUUCUUAAUUAACAACAAUGUCAGCUUAUUCUCUGAAUUUGCUCACUGUUUCAUGUAAUUCAGUCUCAGUACUGUAUUUAUAAUAAGAACACAGAGAUAUUGUUCCUGCA